AUGCCCCUCUGUGGUGGGACGAGUAAGCCAGUUCAGCGCAAGAUCGUCAUCCUCGGAGACGGUGCCUGUGGAAAGACGUCUCUGUUGAAUGUGUUCACCCGUGGAUACUUCCCCCAGGUUUAUGAACCAACAGUCUUCGAGAAUUACAUUCACGAUAUUUUCAUCGAUGGCCAACAGUUGCAAUUGUCGCUUUGGGAUACUGCUGGACAGGAAGAGUUUGACCGGUUGCGCUCGCUGAGUUACAGCGAUACUCAUACCAUCAUUCUGUGUUUCUCCAUCGACUCUGCGGACUCUUUGGAAAACGUGGAGAACAAGUGGGUUGGAGAGAUUCUUGAGCACUGUGAUGGAGUCAAGCUGGUUUUGGUAGCUCUCAAGUGUGAUUUGCGUAAUGGUGAAGACAGUGCGAAUGACAUUGCCCAGGAUUACAACCAGAGGCCCAAGAGGCUCGUUAGCUACGAGGAGGGCCUGGCCGUGGCCAAGAAGAUUGGUGCGCUGAGGUAUCUAGAAUGUUCUGCCAUGAAGAACAGAGGAGUCAACGAGGUGUUCACCGAGGCCGCAAGAUGUGCGCUUUCGGCAAAGCCAAAAGGUGCGAGCUCUGCUGAAGAAGAGAGCGAGAGUCGUUGUACGAUAGUUUGA